CAUAAUGACAUAAAACCCUCGAACGAAGACCGGUUUACUUACCGUUUUGUCUGCCCUAAACUCCCGAAACCUUAAGUACCAUAGACCGCCGCCCCGCCCGGCCUCCCCGCCUGUCGCCACGCUACUACACCCUCGGCGCAUGCACUCUUCUUUCUCACCCUGCUGUUCUCUAUUUGUCCCCACCCGUUGCGCUACCGUGUAGCCCCGCGUCCUCCUACGCUUUUGCCGCCGAGCCUCGCCUCUUUUUCUGCUUCUUCCUUGCUGUGAUUCUACGUCGGCUUCUCGACGGUGCGUGACACUCGGAAAGUUUGGGCCUUCGCCACCCUCGCCAUCGGUUGCACCACCGCCUUCAGGCCGCAGUCACCAGCGGCACCCCCUCUGUUAGAACAUUAGAGGUCACUAGAAGACAGUUAAAAUGAGCUUAAUUUCCCAAAACGCUGUUCUUAAACAACAAAGGGACAAGAAACUUGAUAGAGAAAUAGCUGAUGUGUCUCCGAUUGCACAUGCUGAUGAAGAAGUAGAGCCAGUUGAUGAACUCAAGUUGAAAAAAUCGAAGAAGAGGAGGAGGAGCAAUUCUGAUGAUUCGUCAAAGCAAAAAGCACGCAAAACUGAACAGGAGGAGAUGAAGAGGCUUGAGGGCUUCUUGUUUGGCAAGCUUUACACUCCCAUUGAAUUCGACAAGGACACUUACGGAGAUGACGAUGGCCAGGAGCAGGUGGCCAAGGAUGCCCCUUUGUUUUUCAUGGAUAGGUCUACGAGCAAUGAGAUGGUUGUGUUUGAAAACGACUUGUGCGCUAUGGGCAAAGAAGACCUCAGUGAAGAGCGGAAGCCCGUCUGGGUUGACGAGGAGGAAGAAAGGACAGAGGUUGACAUAGUCCGUGUUAAUAGGUUGAGGAAGCUGAGGAAGGAGGCUGACGAGCAUGUGAUCUCAGGUGCAGACUAUGUUGCUCGAUUGCGUGCUCAGCAUGCUAAGUUAAACCCAGGAACAGAAUGGGCAAAUGUUGAUCGGAAGUAUGCUCGCCGUGGCAUUUCUGAGGAUGAGUCUGAUGAUGAAAGUGAUCUCACCAUUGCUCGUGGCUUUGAUGGUGCUGAGGGUGAUGAUAUUCUUCGGGGCAAUGAUGAGCUUGUCAUAAAGGGCGGUACCAAACUUUUGCCUGGACUGUUGGAGUACUCAAGGCUGGUGGAUGCUAAUGCUGAAGAACCUUCUAAUGGUCCAAUUAACUCAGUCCAGUUUCACAGAAAUGGUCAGUUGCUGCUGACUGCUGGAUUCGAUAGGCGAUUGAGAUUUUUCCAAGUUGAUGGAAAGCGUAAUCCCAAGAUUCAGAGCAUAUUCAUGGAAGACUGCCCCGUACAUAAGGCAUCCUUUUUGCCUGAUGGUACAGAGGUUAUAAUUGCUGGCCGGAGGAAGUUCUUUUAUAGUUUUGAUUUAGUCAAAGCAUCUGUUUAAGUUGCAUCAUUACCAGAAUGCAUGAGGUACACAAGAUCGGUAACUUGAAAGGCCAUAAAAUGGUAUUAAUUUGUUUGCGGAGCUCUCAGUUUUGUUGAAAGUUAUGACACUAUGUCAUUGGUGCAUUAAUGAUGCCUAUUUGAUUUAAUCAUCAUAAAUGAAUUUCAGAUGCUAUUUCUCUUGCUUGUUUGAUUUUUAUUUUCAUAAACGUGUCCGUGUAGUGAGAGAAACAGAGGAAAUCAUAACCUGAUUGAAUCUGUUCUAAAAGGACAUAGUGGCCCUAGAACUACUAGUUGCAUGUUGCUUUACACAGCUGAAUUGUGCUGCUAUGAUAAUGUUCUUAAUAUUUUUGUGUGG